UCAACCUGUUGAGCGAGUCCCCUUGCAGCGCUCAAGCCAUGGCCGGCCGGAUUCCUCCGAGAGGUGCACCGCUGCACCACAGGCACCAUUCAUGACCCUCGGCUGUCAUGUGGCAGUGGCUCCUCUGGGCAGCCUGCUGCCUGGUGGCGGGUGCCGAGCUCAUCCAAGAAUUUGAGGUGGCUGAGGGUGUACCAGCUGGCAGCCUUGUAGGGAUCAUUGGGCGUGACACGGGCACGCAGCCACCAUACCUUAUUGUGCCGGCACCUGGUUCAGCUGUCGACUCGGAUCUGAGCAUUGACCAGGCAUCUGGACAGGUGCGCACCAGUGUGGUGCUGGACAGGGAACUGCGCAGCGAGUACUCCUUUGUAGCAAUACCAUCCAGCGGUGACAAUGUGCGCGUCAACAUCCAUGUGCUUGAUGUUAAUGACAAUGCACCCGAGUUUCCAGUGGACAGCAUGGCUCUCGAGUUUCCAGAGAACACGCCUCGAGACGUUAAGCGCACGCUCAGCCCCGCACGAGACCGAGACUUGGGCGAGUUCAGCACGCAACACUAUCGAAUUGCAUCUGGAAAUGCUGAUGGUGCAUUUCGUUUGGCCUCUCAUCGAGAGCGGGAUGAUGUGUUGUAUUUGGACCUACAAAUCAGUGGGGCCCUGGACCGGGAAGCGACACCUUUCUACAGCCUGCAGGUGGAGGCCUUUGACGGAGGCCGGCCACCGCUGAGGGGUAUGAUGACUGUCAACAUCACCAUCCUUGACGUUAACGAUAACCCACCUGCUUUCAACCAAAGUCGCUAUGUGGGACGUGUGCCAGAGAAUGCCAGCAUGGGCACUGCAGUGCUGCGUGUCCUGGCCACUGAUGCAGAUGCAGGGGACAAUGGCCGUGUGCACUAUGCCAUCAACAGGCGCCAAAGUGAUCGUGAUGGUCUUUUUGCAAUUGAUGCCGAGUCAGGCUUAGUUUCUGUCAGCAAGCCUCUGGACUUUGAGGCCAAGGACACCCACGAGUUGGUGGUUGUGGCACGUGACUGUGGUGAGCAACCUUUGGAAGCGACUGCCUUUGUAUCGGUACUGUUAACUGAUGUGAAUGACAACCAGCCAAGCAUUAAUCUCAUCUUUCUUAGUGACGACGCAUCACCCAAGGUGUCGGAAGACGCACGUCCUGGGGAGCUAGUGGCACGUGUCAGUGUUAAUGACCCCGAUUCCAAAGCAGAGUAUGCCAAUGUCAAUGUGAGUCUCAGUGGAGGUGAUGGACACUUUGGUCUGGCUACUCAGGACAACAUCAUCUACCUGGUCAUGGUAGCACAGCCGCUGGACCGAGAGACUCGAGCGCGGUACGGCAUGUUACUCACAGCCACUGAUCAAGGAAGCCCACCCCUGAAUGCUUCACGCUCUUUUGAGCUGGCUGUCACCGACACCAACGACAAUGCACCUGAGUUUGACCAGGACACAUAUCAUGCCAGUGUGCUUGAAGUGGCCGACCCCGGCACAUCAGUGCUGCAGCUGACUGCUUCUGACCGUGACGAAGGACGCAACUCAUUGCUCCGCUAUUCUAUUCUGCACACCCCGGAUACAUACUCACAGUGGUUCCAUGUCGAUCCCCGUACAGGUCUGGUGACCACACGGACUCCUAUUGAUUGCGAAACAAGCCCCGUGCCACGUGUCACUGUGCUUGCUACAGAUGGUGGAGAGCCUCCACUGUCGGCUAGUGCUACGCUGCUGGUCACCAUCAGUGAUGUGAAUGACAAUGAACCCAUAUUUGACCAGAGCUUUUACAACAUCACAGUGGCCGAGGACGAGCCCGUUGGCAAGUGCGUCCUCAGGGUGUCCGCCUCAGAUCCCGACUGUGGCGUGAAUGCCAUGGUGAACUUCACACUGGGUGGAGGAGCCAGCAGCGACUUCCGCCAGCACUUUGCUGUGCAUCCCAGCACUGGAGAACUGUGCUUGAUCGCCAGCCUUGAUCGGGAGCUGAGAAGUUCCUACGAGAUCCCCAUUGCUGCCACCGACCGAGGUGGCCUGAGCACUAUGGCCAUGGUGAAGGUCUAUGUGCGGGACGUGAAUGACAACCGGCCGAUCUUCUAUCCCCGCGAGUACAACGUGAGCCUUCGGGAGCAAGAUGCCCUGGCCACACCCAUAGCUGUAGUGGUCGCCAGUGAUGCUGACUCGGGAGCCUUUGGAAGUGUCUCGUACCACAUUGUCAGUGGCAACGAUAUGGGCAUUUUCCGAGUUGACCCCACUUCAGGCAAGUUCUUUUACAGGAUGGCAUGGAAAACCGCACUUGAGAUGCAGUGGUCAAUACGAUACAUGUCCUUCAGUGGUGGUGGCUAUGUUUGUGUAUGCUACUUGUUUAUGGGGAAAAGAGAGGUCUGGAGCAGUAGCGGCGUCACCAAAACCAUGGCUGCAACUGUCAACUUCCCCCAGACGCGCUCACCCAUUGAUGGCAACAGGGCGCACCUUGUUUUUUAUGUAGCUGCCAUGUCAGUGCCACGGGCAGUGGAUGAACGGCGUAUUGCUGACUGGAAGACAACUGAGCUUCCCCAGUACCUGGCUCGUUAUGAGCCUGCCAACCUCUUCAAUGCCGAUGAAACGGCUUUCUUCUUUAAAGCCUUGCCGGACAAAACGAUCACGUUCAAGGGCGACUUGUGCGUUGGAGGGACGAGGAGCAAAGAAAGGAUCACUGUGCUUCUCGCUUCAAAUAUGUCGGGCACUGAGCGCCUGCCACUACUAGUCAUCGGGAAGGCACGUAACCCGAGGUGUUUUAAGAGCAUUCACCACUUUCCUGUGCAAUAUCGUGCCAACAGAAAGGCCUGGAUGAUUUCGGAUAUUUUCCAAGCUUGGCUGCACCAACUCGACCGCCGCUUCUCUGCUAACAAGCGCAAGGUUUUACUUCUAGUUGACAACUGCAGUGCUCAUACCAGAGUGACAGGGCUGGAGUGCAUCGAACUUGUAUUUCUACCUGCAAACACGACGGCUGCUCUGCAAUCGCUGGAUCAAGGGAUAAUUCAGCACGUGAAAAGCAGGUACAGAAAGCAUGUACUGGAACGGAUUGUGCUGUGCAAGGAAGUGACUCUCCUGACAGCAAUUCACAUUUUGGCUCAUGUCUGGAGCGAAACGCCGCCCGCGGUCAUUGAGAAUUCUUUCCAGCACAGCGGCUUUGUCUGCCCUGACGACUCGGAUAUUCCUCCAGAGGCCACUCCAGAGGACACUCGCGAGCCCACUGGAAAUAUGGACGGCGAGGUGAAUGACACGCAUUUUGACUCUCUCCUUCCUAGUGGCGUCCAGAUUUUAGACUAUGUCUCUAUAGACUAUCAUGUUGCCAUUGCUGAUCUGCUGACUGACGAUAAUAUAUUAUCGGAAGGGCUUGAGGAGGACCAAAAUCACUUUUCUGAUGAUGACGGCCAGGAUGAGCCGAUGCGACGUCAACGCACCGUGCAGGAGGCCGCCGAAGCCCUCGCUGUCCUCGAGGAGUUCUGUACCAAGUUGCUCAAACUUCUCGUUGCUCAUGAUAUUGGGCAAGCCAAGUGCCGUUUUCAGUCCCCUGAGGAGCAUGGAGUUGACCUUUUUGAUUUCACUCUUACUGCAGGCGAGCUGCUGGUGGUUGGGAGGCUGACAAGGUCGCAGCCCCUGCAUGAGCUCCGACUGGCCGCGCAAGAUGGAGGCGGCCUGCAGUCGCUGCUCAAUGCCCGUGUCUAUGUCAGUGUGCUAGGUCGGGGUCAGCAGCCACCCUUGUUCCAGAGACCACGCUAUGCCUUUCAAGUGCGUGAAGAUGCUGCACCCAGCACUGUCAUUGGCACUGUGGCUGCCGCCACCAGAACACCUGGGGGUCAGCAGCCCAGGGUUCGCUACUCCAUUUACUCGGGUGACCCGGAGGGAUACUUCUCGAUUGAUGCCCACCUUGGCAGCAUCCGUGUGGAGCGCCCUCUGGAUCAUGAGGCACACCCAUUCCUGCUGCUCAAUGUGCAAGCUACAGCUGGCACACAGCCUCCUGCCUAUGGACACACUCAGGUGAAUGUGACAAUCUGGGACGUGAACGACAAUGCGCCCCACUUCGAGAGUGCAGUGCUCAAGCUCAGCUUGCCCGAGAAUGUAGCAGUUGGCACGGCGACGUACGUUGCUCAGGCUCACGACGCCGAUGCAGGCCGGAACGGGGCAGUGCGCUACACGCUACUUGAGGCACCUCCGGGCCUCUUUGAACUCGGGCCUCGAUCCGGGCGGCUUGCCUUGCUUCGGUCACUGGACUACGAGACGCAACCUCGUCUGCGACUUGUGUUGGGGGCUGCCGACGGGGGCACUCCAGCCCAGUCUGCCUCUAUGACAUUGCUGGUGGAGGUGCAGGAUGUCAACGACAAUGCCCCAGUGUUUGACCAGCCGGCGUACAGUGUCAGCGUGCUAGAGUCCUUGCCAGCCAACUCUCAUUUCCUCCAGGUGAGUGCCACAGAUCGGGACACAGGCAACAAUGCCCGGCUUUCUUUUCGGCUCACAGCAAGUGGGGAGUUUGGCAUCUUCCCAAACAGUGGACUGCUGUAUAUCCGUGAGCCCUUGGACCGGGAAGCCUGCGAUCUGCACUGGCUCUCGGUGGUAGUUGUGGACAAUGGCAGCCCUGCCAUGUCAGCCACGGCUAGCGUGGAAGUGCAUGUCCUCGACGCAAAUGACAAUGCUCCCGAAUUCAGCGCCACUUCCUUGGAGCUUGCUGUGCCAGAAAAUCUGCCAGCCGGCCACCUGGUUGGUCAACUGCAGGCUCGGGACCAAGACGCUGGCAGCAAUGCUGUGCUUCGCUACAGCCUGCUGCACUCUAACGGCAGCAGCUUUAAGGUUGACCCAGUUACUGGGGAUGUGCACAGCCUGGCCACCCUCGAUCGUGAAGUCCAGGCCAGUUAUGAGUUGCUGGUGCGAGUGCAAGACCAGGGCACACCAACCCUUUCGAGCACCGCGCGGCUGCGGAUUUCUGUGGUCGAUGAGAAUGACAAUGCACCAGUUUUCGUAGAACCUUUGGACCGCUUACUGAAUGUGCGUGAGCACCAGCCAGUCGGCAGUGAGCUUGUGCAGGUGCGUGCUGUGGAUGCCGAUGAGGGACCCAAUGGCCAAGUCAUCUAUGAGAUUGUUCCAGGCAGCGGUCAGCAACGAGAUGGGCGCAUGGCCUUUUCCGUGGAUGCACACACGGGCCGGCUGAUCACACGUCUGGUUCUCGACCGGGAGAGCCAAGAGGAAUUCUCGCUGGUUGUAGUGGCACGUGACCGGGGCCACCCACCACGUGAAGCUCGGCUGGCACUGCUGGUGCGCGUGCUUGGCCUCCACCAUCUACCGGGAUCGGCCACUCCUGGGGGGUCCAUGCGGAGGCUGCGCGUGCGCGAAGGAGCAGCCGCAGGCACCGUGCUGGGAUCCUUGGCACCGCACCCGGCAGGGGCCACCUUCUGUCUCUUGGGCGAGCCGCUCGUAUUUGAUGUUGGUCAGCACUCUGGUGACGUGUUCACAGUGGGGGAAGUGGACUUUGAAACGGCCAGCGAGCACCAGCUGCAAGUGCGGCUGGAUGAUGCUGGCACCACCACACUCAUUCAUGUCCAGAUUCAAGUGGAGGACGUGAAUGACUGUGCCCCCACUUUUCCGGAGGACCCUGUUCACUUGUCUGUGCCUGAAGACAUCCCUCAAGGAACUGUGGUGUGGACGCUUGCUGCUCAAGAUCUGGACAGUGCUGAUAAUGGCAAGUUGGUGUACCACCUAGACGAAGAGUGGCCAUCCGUGGGCGCCUUUGAUGUGGAGCCUUCGACGGGGAAGGUGGUGGUACGCACACACUUGGAUCGGGAAAGCCAAGCUUCCUUCGUGCUCAUCGUCAGGGCCGAAGACCAGCCAAGCUCAAGUGCGCCACUGACGGCUCGCGUCACCUGCUUCAUCAGCAUUGAAGAUGUUAAUGACCACAGCCCCACUUUUGCUUCGGCCGCAGAGGUUUCCAUUGCGCCUGAUGCUCCCGUGGGUGCUGUCCUGCAACAGCUCAUUGCUAUUGACCUGGAUGCCGGAGAAAAUGGCCACGUUUUUUACCAUGUAGCCGGGGGAAAUGAUGCGGGCUACUUCUCUCUCGACCGCAACACUGGGCUUCUGACUGUUGCACGACCCCUGGCGGUGCUGCCUGAAAGUCUUGUUCUGAACAUCACUGCCAGUGACAAUGGAUCACCACGACGUAGCGCCCAUCAGGAGCUGCACGUGCAUCGUAGCGAGGCACCACAACGGCCACCACGCUUUGACGAGUCACACUACGCAGCAAAUGUGUCUGAGGAUGCUCCUGUGGGCACUACUGUGCUUGUGGUUCGUGCAUCAGGAGGAAGAAAUUUGUCAUACAGUCUUCCCACUGGUGGAGGCCACUUUGGUGUGGAUGCACACACGGGUGUGGUGCAUACCUUGGCACUGCUUGACCGAGAGGUGCAGGUGCAGCACGAGUUUGUCAUGUUUGUGACUGACGACCAGAAUCAGGUUGACAGCUGCCUGGUGCUAGUGCGGCUCCUGGACGUCAAUGACCAGAGCCCCGAGUUUGACGACUCAUGCCGAGGGCUCGCUGUCCCGGAGAAUGGACCACCAGAGUUGCACACCCUGGUUGCUUGGGACCGUGAUGAAGGUCCCAACGCUCGUAUUCUGUACUCCAUCACAGCAGGGAAUGUGGGAGACAAGUUUCAACUGGAGGCCCACACCGGUAGACUGCUGGCAAGUGCACCACUGGACCGGGAGGCGGUGUCUGAGUACCGGCUCACUGUGGUGGCCACUGACCAAGGCAGCCCGACUCGCACAGGCAGCUGCACCCUGGUGGUCACUGUGUUGGACGAGAAUGACGAACCACCCCGUUUUGAGCAGGCCGUGUACAGCGCCAGUGUAGCUGAGGACGCUGCCCCCAACACCACUGUGCUGGCAGUGCGCGCCCAUGACCCAGACCUUGGACCUGGAGGUCGUGUCUCGUACUCUUUGGCAAACGAGACGGCAGCCCUGUUUCGAAUAGACAGCGACACCGGUGUUCUUACCACAACGGGGCUGUUUGACCGUGAAAAAUGUGCUGGCUACAGCUUUGAAGUGCGGGCUUCAGACAGUGGCCGCUACCAGGCCCAUUGGGCCCAUGCACGCGUGCAAGUCACUGUAGUGGAUGUCAACGACAACAGUCCCCGCUUUCUUGAAUUUCCCUACGUGGCUCAUGUGAGCCCCCAUGCUCCCUUGGGAUCCCAAGUAGCUCUGGUGCAAGCGCACGAUGGAGACGACGGGCCCAAUGCAGAUGUAUUCUACACUACUCCAAGUGGUGGCAAGCUGCACCUUGACACGGACACUGGGCUGGUGACAGUGGCUGCAAGCUUGGUGGCUGACAAUGGCCGGCUGCUACGCCUGGAUCUGGUGGCUCGAGAUCGUGGUCGCCCCUCUCGCAUGGCCAGUGGAGUGCUGGAGGUAUGGGUGGGGCCUGUGGCAGGCUUGCGGCUGGAUUUCUCCAAUGCAAGCUAUGUGGCACGGCUGCCCGAGGGCGCUGCCGCUGGUUCAACAGUGCUACAUGUUCAAGCCUCAGCCAUGAGCCAGCCUGGCCUGGCUGUCACUUACAGUCUAGGGCCGGACCAGGAUCAGGGGCCCUUUGUCAUCCACCGAACCAGUGGCACUGUGAGUGUGCGAGAUUCCAAGCAGCUGGACUAUGAGGAGCGCCCCGAGCUUGAGCUGCCGCUGUGGGCACAUGCAGAGACACCCUCGGGGGCCAUGCUACAUGGCUACGCCCGGCUGUUAGUGCAGUUACUGGACCAAAAUGACAAUUCGCCACGUUUCUCCCAAGAGCGCUACGUGGCCUCGGUCUGGGAAGGGUGCUCCCGUGGAACCUUUGUUGCACAGGUGUCGGCACUGGAUGCAGACCGGGGUAGUGGGCUGGUGUACCACAUAGCAGGUGGCAACGUGGACCAAGCCUUUGUGCUGGAGCCCCCCUUGAGUGGCCAUGUGCGCACCAACACAGUCCUGGAUCGCGAAAUUCGGGACACAUAUAUGCUCACCCUUGUGGCAACCGACGAUGGCCAGCCACCUCGCACGGGGUCAUGCACUUUACACAUCACAGUCAUUGAUGCCAAUGACAACCAGCCUGUCUUUCCGCCAGACAGUGUUGUCAGCAUUCGUGAAGAUGCUCGAGUAGGCUCCACGGUGACCACGAUCACAGCCAAUGACGUCGACACACACCCAGUGCUGCGCUACUCUUUGGCUGAGCCACGUGGCACCUUUGUGGUGGACCACUUCUCGGGUCGGCUGCUGUUGGCUGAACCGCUCGACUAUGAGCAGCAGCGCGAGUAUCAGCUGCGGCUGCAUGUCUCUGACACGACACACGUCGCCGAGACCCUGGUGACCAUACGAGUGCUGGACACCAACGACCACGCACCUCGGUUUUUGCAGCCAUUUUACAAUGUGCCCAUUUCCGAGUCGGCAGCACUCGGGUCAUCCGUGGUUACUGUAAGCGCCACUGAUCUCGACUCUGGUGACAAUGCCAACAUCCACUACAGCUUUGCUGGCUUUUCAGAUGGCUUCUAUAUUGACAAACAGACUGGCACAGUAUACACCAACGGAAGCCUCGACUUGAGUCGGCCAGUGAUGCAGCUCCUGGUUCGAGCAACCGACAAUGGCCACCCGACCCGGUCGAGUGUUGUCCCACUGCGCAUGCACCUGGCAGACAUUAAUCACAGUGCACCCAAAUUUCUGGAGACUGUCUACAGAGCCAGUGUACCAGAGAACACCCUUCCGGGUUCUACGCUUCUGCGAGUGUCAGCCAGCGACCAAGAUGGGCGUGUGGAAUACCGUCUCCUGGACACAGCUAGUGGGCGGUUCGUGCUAAGCCAUGGCUCCCUCGUACUGGCACGGGCACUGGAGCCACGUGCACGAUAUGCAUUGCGUGUUUUGGCUACAGACCUAGGCCGGCCUCCUCGCAAUGCCACUGCACAGCUGCUCAUAAACGUCGAGGGUCGUGGGCCCCCCACAUUCACCCAGGCCCGCUACGAGGUGUCCAUCUCAGAGGGCGCACCAUUGGGCCACACAGUGCUGCAUUUGGGCCCUUUGACACCGGGCCUUCGUUACGCUAUCACUUCUGGAAAUCGACUGGGUUGCUUCCAGGUAGAUGCAAGUGGCGACCUUGUCGUGGCAGCAAAGCUGGACUAUGAUGUGCUUCCCGAGCAACGACUUGUGGUGCGCGCCAGUGACAGCAGUGGAUGGGCAGCAUUGACCAGCGUGCUGGUACACCUACAGGAUGAAAAUGAUCAUGCCCCUCAGUUCCCACUGGCCGAGUAUGUUGCCUCAGUUGAAGAAGGGGCACCCAUGGGCAGUCCUCUGCUUGUGGCCCGAGCCGUUGAUGGUGACAGGGGCCCAUUUGGCAAGCUCAAUUAUUCACUCGUCGAAGGGACUCAGUUAGUUGGCAUGGACAGUUCCACAGGUGCCCUUACCUCAGCGGUUGUCUUCGAUUAUGAAGCACAGUCACACUACCAGCUCACUGUGCGAGCCACUGAUUCAGGUGGACGUUGGGCAACGGCUCGCAUUCAUGUUCAUGUUCUCAGUCGCGAUGAAUUCAUCCCAGUGUUUGACCAGGAGGAGUACAGGUUUGCAGUGCCUUUGGGUGCCCCCGUAGGGUUUGUCAUUGGGCAUGUUCACGCAACUGACCGUGACCGUGGACCCGACGGCCGUGUAUUGUACCAGAUCCGUGGUGGCAGUGCCCAUUUCCGCGUGAAUGCUUCUUCGGGCACUCUGUCCGUUCGUGCACCAUGGUCUGGUGGCACACGCCUUGAAGUGGUGGCAAGCUCGGGCCGGCGUGGCUCUUUGAUGGCCUCCACCGGAGUUACAUUGGAGGAGGCACCAGCAGCGCCUGCUGCCGCUUCAGCAUCGCACGGUCUUCCGGCUUGGGCAUUGGCCUUGCUAUUACUUGCCCUGACGGCCGUGGCUGGUCUGGCAGCUGCUGUGGUACUUCUGCGGGGCCGACUACAAACCAAACGGACGGCCGAGCCUAACCUCGACACGUCAUUCGACACAGUCGAUUUGCGGCGCGACCCAUUUCCAGCUUUCUACGAGAGGCCCGAUGAUGCAGCAGGUGCCAUGCACACUUCUGAGGUGUCCGAGCAGUCGAGUGGACGUGGCUCGGCUGAAGAUGAGGACGAGGAGAUUCGCAUGAUCAAUGAAGGCCUGCGGCCGCAGGGUGACAGUGGCUCGGAUAUGUCGGUUCGCAACACCCACGAAUACCUGGCCAGACUGGGCAUCGAUCCUGCCGCACCCAUUGACUCCUGGGCAAAGGCACCCAGUGCACCUGCCGACGAUGAAGACUUGUCAAGCCUGCUCUACGCCAAGCUGGAUGAACCAGCUGAGAGCUUGGGUGAGCCAUCAAUGACUGGUUCGUUAAGUUCCAUUGUGCAUAGUGAGGAGGAGCUGGCUGGCUCGUAUAACUGGGACUACCUACUGGACUGGGGGCCGCAGUACCAGCCACUGGCGCAUGUUUUCGCUGAAAUUGCUCGGCUCAAGGAUGAUGUGCGGGCCGGUGGGGCCCCACCGCGCUCCCCUGUUGGAGGUGCCGUGGAUGACAGUUAUGCUGCUGCCUUGUCACCUUCCUUCUCGCCUGCACUGCUGCCUCUUGCCUCAAGGUCUCCCUCACCUCUGCCCUGUUUGCGCCGAACACAACCGGACUCCUAGGUUCACAUGAAUGGCACAGGAAAUGUGCAAACCAUGUGGUGUCAUUGUAAGUACAUGCACUACAUCACCACAUACAAGUGCAUUGCAUUGGCAUUCUACCGCCUUGGAAGUUGUAUUGCGGACUUCGUAGAUUUAAUACAAGACUGUUUGAUGACUUGUGCUAACCUCAGUCAUUCCAAAUGGGGGUACAGUUGAAGCUCGUAAAUUCCAACUUGAAGGUGACUACCAAAUUGUUUGAAUUAAGCGGACUCGGCGCUACUACUUUCUUGUGGUCAUUGGUUUCAUAAACUAAGUUCAUGAAGCUCUGACAAUGAACAGCAUUCAUUGCUCAGUCAGCGAUAUGGCAGAAACAAGCACGGACAUGCAAUUAUGUGAGAAAUAUAUGGAUUUAUUUAUGUUACAAACAUUUUUUUUAUUUAUAUAGUUGACAAAAACACAUCUGAAAGUAAUUUGCAUUUGCAUGUGCUUUUUCUCUCGCAACUCCAUGAGCCUUGUUUGCAGAUGGCUCAAGAGCUCCUGCGCAGCGUCUGAACUCUCUAUGCUGAGAAACGCUGCUGCUUCAUUGUUCUGCAUGUCUAAUAAAUUAAUUAGGUUUGGUUCUGUAACAGAUUUCAAUCACUGAGGGUCGGCUGCUGCAUGAAGCAAUGAAAAUCGAGGGCUUCCUGUUGGAAUUAAGCAUUGCGAACACUGACAUGUUUAAUUAUUGAAUUUUUUUCUGUAGAAAUACAUAGGGCUGUGCAGGGACAGCGGUGUCAGUUUUAACUGCAAGUUUGAAUUAACCGAGUUUGAAUUAAUGGGCUUCUAAUGUACUACUGUCACUGCAAAGUAAGCUAGCACAAAUGGCUUCUAUAGUGUGUGAUGCUCCUGCAUUUAUAGCCAUGUUUUGCUAAGCGGCAGUUCAGGUGCAGUGGUAAUUCAUUUUGAAGCGAACUAAAAGUGCGCGGAAAGCAUGGAUGAAAAAAGAAACAGACACAUACUAGUACACAUAUCAUAGAAGCAGAUGUGUGUGUGUGUACGUGUGUGCUUUUCUUUCGUCUAUAUUUUCUAUGCAAUCCAAGUUCUCCCAGCUUUUGCAAUCCAGAAUUUCAUUAUUAAGUUUGUAGGGGUGACUGGACUGGUAUCACCUGAUGGAUUCAUACUGAGUAGAGCUGGCCCAUAUCAAAAAAGGAGCUUUUGACUGUGUUCACACCUUGGGGCUUGUGGUCAACAACUGAUCCAAUUCAACUUAAAUGUUCAUUGCAGAGCAUCUAGAGUGCCCUCACCUGUUGAAUUGACACCAAAUUAAAAUGAGCAAAAUGGUUAUCAUUGGCUGGUAAAGAAUAAUCCAUGUACUAAGCUGGUGAAUGCAAAACACAGACAACUAGUGCUCAAGAGAAAAUGACACAGUGGAUGCCAAGGGACAGUUGAUGAUGGCUCGGAAUCAAAUGGUGCGGUAAAACUUGUCAUUUUGUAAUCUACAAAUCAGUUUGCACUAGAUGGGCCUGAUUCUCUAUCCUGCUGUGAACAUCCUGCUGUGUAUGUUUAGAAACAACCCUCACUGCCUAAUUCAUGCCUGUGACACUGCUGCGGCACCCAUCUUCCGUCGAUGUACUGUGAAUAUAAUGGUAACACUGUUAUCCUAAAAUCUUGUUUUGUAUAUUUACUUUAUCAUAGUUAUAGUGAAAAUGAUGCCCCAUGUUUUUAUGUUAUGUUGUAUCAACUUGUGACCUGUUGCCAAAGUGCAUUUGCCAGGCACAGAAAUAAAGAAACAACUAGGAAGUAUAGAACACAUGCACACCAUCCAAGCAAUCGCAUCAUUAACUCAUCCCUGACAUUAUGUGUAUGUGUUCUAUGCAGAAUGCAUUUACUGUGACUAAGCACAUAGUAUUCCUACUCAGUGCAAAUAUUACAGGCAAGCACAGGGUGUGUGGCUGCUGUGUAGCAGCCAUCUGGCUUAUUGGCAAUGCUUUCUGCCAGCUAUGGUUUUGUAACUUCGCAAGUUCAGUGUGCUCGCAAUAAUUUAUUUUGCAGAAAAAUAUUCCGAAAUUUAUCUUAAAUAUUGCAGAAAUCUUACUGAAAGAACAUUGGUUGAAAAUGCACAUCAUGCGAGAAGAUUGACGUCCAUGGGAAACUUGCACAAAUUCGUAAAUGGGACCAUUUACGAGCCAGGCUGAAUAUCUGGAAAGUCUGUCGGCACUGUGCUUGUUCCUGCUUGUCACUGCUGCAUCACACUUGACGAGCCAAUGUAUGCACCGAUCACACAGUUGCAUUGUUGUGGUAGUGCUGAACACGUGUAAUUUAUUAUUUUGUGUUGUAUUAGCAUGGCAAUAGCUCUAUAGGUCAUGAAAAUUUGCAGUGUGCUCUUUGCUGGCCCACCAGCUCUGCAGUGUGUGUUUGCUUACAACCAAUACAUUUUCAUGGCUGAUGAUGUAUGACAGCAAGCUUUGAUAUGGGGAAAGACAUCACUGCAUGCACUUGAUAUUCCUGACCAUUAUGUUUUUCUUCAAGGUUUUGAACAGCUGCCCCGCCGCGGUGGUUUAGUGGCUAAGGUACUUGGCUGCUGACCCGCAGGUCGCGGGAUCGAAUCCCGGCUGCGGCGGCUGCAUUUCCGAUGGAGGCGGAAAUGUUGUAGGCCCGUGUGCUCAGAUUUGGGUGCACGUUAAAGAACCCCAGGUGGUCAAAAUUUUUGGAGCCCUCCACUGCGGCGUCUCUCAUAAUCAUAUGGUGGUUUUGGGACUUUAAACCCCACAUAUCAAUUAGUCAAGGUUUUGAACAGCUCUCAUCGCAUCUUCACUGUGCACUGCCACAAGUUGGCUUUUUGCAGCAAGGUUUUGAACUUGCAUUUCUGUAAAAUAUUCAUCCUGUACAGUGAAAAUCAUCUAGGGGUAUGCUGAUAGCUGCUGUAGACGAUUACUGUGUCUAAUCUUGUGAAGCAGCUUUUUGAGUAUUUCUAGCCUGUAUUCUGUGUAACAUGAAUUCCUAUUGUGAUCAUUACUGCCAUAGCUGUGCCAACAACUCUGUAAAAGCUGUGAUGCAAUUUGGGCCAGCCACUCUGUGCGUUGCAACAGCUGUACUUUCGUGCCUCUUCCCCAAUGUGUAGUAGUGCAAUUCUGUACAAAGUUUUGGCAGAAGCUGCCCUGUAAAUAUGAUGUUGCCUCAGAGGCCGCUUGAAACUACCUCAGAAGUGCGGCUUGUGUAGUGAGAAAUAAAUGUUGCUUGAUUCCUUCA